CGGCCACGCGUGCUUUACCCGCAGAAAUGACGUCACUACAUCCCUCCCCUUCCCCUAUCUACCGGAGUCAACUGUUAAACGAAUGCAGGAAGAAGACGAAGCAAAAUAUUCUUAAGGAAUAAGUGUAAUAUUGCUUAAUCGGACAACACUGUUGACAUUGUCUCGUGUUUUUGUUGAGUCGGUUUGGAAGGUUAGUGCCGUUGGACUUGCGCUGGAACAGAGGAGAGGCGGAAGUGAAGUCACUUGACAGACCGUCCAUGUUAUUAUUGUUAUUUUGGUAGCUCUGGGAUGAGACGGACUGGAGAGCCGUCGGGCUCCGCGACAACCACUCCUCCAGGCCGACCCGGAAUAUCCUCCCUUCUGACCCGAAGACAGGAGCGUCGCUGCCGGCAGGGGAGAGCGCCCAGCUCAGCCUCUGCUCCCACCGCCCAGGCGUUAAAAACAAUACGGCAUUCGUCAAACACAGCGCCCGUCCUAGACUUGUGUGUGUGCGGUAACACACUCAGCUACGUGCCGCAGCAGACAUGAACGGCAUCACCAAGGGCAGGUUCGAGGUAUUCUCAAACAGUGAUGAAGCCCCCAUUAACAAGAAGCUUCCUAAAGAGCUUCUCCUAAGAAUAUUCUCCUACCUAGAUGUGGUCACGCUGUGCAGGUGUGCCCAGGUGUCAAAGGCAUGGAAUGUCCUAGCCCUAGAUGGCAGUAACUGGCAAAAGAUUGACCUGUUUAACUUCCAGACAGACAUAGAGGGGAGGGUGGUCGAGCACAUCUCCAAGCGAUGCGGGGGUUUCCUCAGACAGCUGAGCUUGAGGGGGUGUCUGAGUGUGGGAGACGCCUCCAUGAAGACGUUUUCUCAGAACUGCAGGAACAUCGAGGUGUUGAAUCUGAACGGCUGCACCAAGAUCACAGACAGCACCUGCCUCAGCCUCAGCAAGUUCUGCUGCAAACUCAGACAACUGGACCUCACCUCCUGUGUCUCCGUUAGCAACCACUCCCUUAAGGCCCUCAGUGACGGCUGCAGGAUGCUAGAGACGCUGAACCUGUCGUGGUGUGACCAGAUCACGCGUGACGGCAUCGAGGCCCUGUCCAGAGGAUGCACGGGCCUACGAGCACUGUUCCUCCGAGGCUGCACACAGCUGGAGGAUGGAGCUCUUAAACACCUGCAGAAACAUUGCCCUGAACUCACCACUAUCAACAUGCAGUCCUGCACACAGAUAACAGACGACGGCUUGGUGAGCCUGUGUCGGGGCUGUCACAAGCUGCAGAUCAUGUGUGUGUCAGGCUGCAGCAACAUCACUGACGCCUCCCUCACAGCCAUGGGGCUCAACUGCCCCAGACUCAAGAUCCUAGAAGCUGCACGGUGUUCCCAUGUGACAGAUGCUGGGUUUACUGUACUGGCCAGGAAUUGUCACGAGCUUGAAAAAAUGGACUUAGAAGAAUGUAUUUUGGUGACUGAUAACACCCUGGUCCAGCUUUCUAUCCACUGCCCCCGCCUGCAAGCACUGGUACUACAAACUUGUGUGUGUGUGUGUGUGUGUUUCAGUGUCUUGUCUAUCACAAAAAAAUAUAUUGCCGAUUCCUCUCUUCCUCCCCAGUCCCUGUCCCAUUGUGAGCUGAUCACCGAUGAUGGCAUCCGAGCGUUGAGCAGCAGCGCGUGUGGGCAGGAGCGCCUCACGGUGGUGGAGCUGGAUAACUGCCCCCUGAUCACCGACGUCACACUAGAGCACCUGAAGAGCUGCCACCGUCUGGAACGCAUCGAGCUGUACGACUGCCAACAGGUCACCCGGGCUGGCAUCAAACGCAUACGGGCCCACCUCCCCGAGAUCAAGGUCCACGCCUACUUUGCUCCGGUGACGCCCCCUCCCUCCGUGCACGGAGGGGGCCAGCGUCUGUGUCGCUGCUGCAUCAUCCUCUGACAGUGGAGGGCCCGGGGGGGGCACCUCUGUCUGCAGGUUCUGCUGCUGUGAGCCCGCCUAGGGGGGAGGGGGGGGGGCCCUGGACUCAUCAUUACUACCGACCCACUGGUCAAUACACAAGACUGAUCGCCACUGAUCGUUGAUCCAUAAGACCCCUAUCAGCACUGCAGAGGUCUCGCCUGCCUCGCUCUCUCACUCUCCUGUUCCCUCUCUCUCUCUCAAAACAAUACUAGUGUAUACCCCGUAUUCUCCAUCAUCAACUGCCCCCUCCUCCCCCCGUCUAAACGUCCCAGUGCUAAUCUUGGUGUAGGGGGAUCUGGAGAGUGGGUAAAGGGGGGCAAGGAUCUUCCUUUCACUGGAUGUAAGGGAAGCAGAGAGGAGGGCCUCUGAUCAGUGGAACUAUGUUGUCUUUAGACGAUGAGAUGAUGGACAACACUUGAGUGGAGCGUCAUCGGAACCAAUCACACACCACCUCAAUGUGACCAUCUUGUGAGUCAUUCUGCUUCGAUCAAUGGACGUGCAACUUUGGGAUAAGGUUACGGUGUUUUGGUUUGGGGAAAUACAGUGCUUGUGAAGUACAGCAGGGAGGUUGCUUGGAUAGGGCUCCAAGAAACAAGUCCACUGCAGCCUCUAAUUCGGGAGUGGGAUGGGGUAGCAGACAGGAACCACAAAAGAAGACACUUUACUUUUUUUUUGUGCUUCAGUUUGAGAUUUUAAUUCUGUUUGUACAGAAAAUGUUUUGCAAAGCACUUUUUCAGUGCUUAUUGUAAUUGUCCAUGCUUGUCUAUCCAGAGAGGAAGAGAUAUAUGUAUCUUUCCUGUUUGAGAUAAUAAAAAAUAUAUAUUGAUGUUUGACAUAAAUUGACCCUGUCAGUAAGGACCUUGGCUUUUAAUGACAUCAGGUUGGAUUUGUGUGCUACAUCACUGGAUUGUGUGUGCUACAUCACUGGAUUGUGUGUACUCAGGGCCUCCUGUGCACUAUGGCUGUGUUGACACACAGGCCUUGUUCCAAAUCUAUUACUAUACCUAAAUACUGAGCCACUCAUAUCUACUUGCUGGAAUGAGGUCAAUUCUGAACCUUGAACUCUGAACCCCCAUACCAAACGCAUUUAUUUAGAACUUAUAAGAUUGGAUAUAUAUAUUUAAAUGAUAGCCAUAUAUGAAAAAUCUGCCCAAGUGCAAAGAGAAACUGUUAUUUUGGGGAUUCAGGGGAACAAGAAUUAGACAGGAUUUCUACUCUUCCUUGAAAAGUUGAGUCAAGCACCUGAGGGGAGUGUUUUAGCCAUACAGUGCAGUGUGUCUUAUAUACCAUGUUGCUGCCACCUAUCCAGUGGUUUCAGGUGUUCAGGAGAAACUGGCUUGUACAGGGCUAAUGCUGGGUUAGAGACGGACAGUGUUGAGUCUAGCAAGUAGAGGUAUCGUUUAUGUGACGCGUUGACUGGACCGACUGUAUGGUAACGAGACUAAUGCCCUCUCUUGACAGCUGUUUAACAGGAGUUUUAUGUUGAAGAAAUCCAUACAAAAUAAAUGAAUAAAAGUAACAUAGUAAAUGUGGUCCGACUGUGUCUCUAAUGUGUUGAAAUUAAAAAUAUUGAAUACUGCCUCCUGAAAUAA